GUGCCUGUGCAGAAUCGCGCAGGUCUUUUAUUAUUAUUGUUAUUUUUAUUUUUUUUGGGAGGGGGAUGGGGGGGGGGUGUAUGACAGGAAGCUGGGGAUAUGGCGAGUAGAGGGGGACAUGGAGAGGAGGAGGUGGAUGUGGCCGAGGAGGACGACGAGAAUAGCGAGGACGACGACGAGGAGGAGCAGAGAUGGGGGAGGAGAAGAGAUGGACGGAGGGAAAGAGGAAGGGCAGGAGGAGGACGAGUGGGAGGAGGAGGAGACAUGAACGGAGAGGAAAGGGAGGACAUGAGGAAGCGGGUGGUGGGAACCAACAGUCUACGGGGUUCUAUUGUGAUAGGCGGCAUACGUGUGGGAAGCAGCCAGGGAACUGUGGGGAAAGAUCUCAGACGAGUCCUUUCCGGAGGACAGGAGGAUCCUCCUCACCGGCAUGGACCUUCCAAAGACAUGGCAACCGGGACAGAGAAGGGGGUUCCAAUUACUGAGACAAUAUGCGUUGUGGACCAUAUGGAAGAGGAGAUGUCAUCUGACGAUAGGAAAGGGACAAAUGCGCAGACUGGAGGCCAAGCAAGUUUUGCACAACCUUCUGGAGACGGAUAUCACGGCCCAAUGGCAAAGAACAAGACGGCAAGCUCGGCAAACCCGGUGAAAGUCCGGGAGAUAUUUAGGACUUUUCGCCAGAUAACGUUGGCGACGGAGAUUAACGACUUCCUUGACUAUGGGGAAGACACGGAGCAGGAUGCGGCUAGUGAGACUUCAGACGAGGGAGUCGUAGCUCUGAUCAAGGAAAAGACUAGGGGGACCGAGAAACAAAAGGUAGGCCGGUCCAAGGGUCAGGGCGACCAAGGAACACCCGCAUGGGUAAAACUUGGUUCAGACUACGAGAUGGAAACCAUACUGCAGAUGACGUCGGGGAAUCGCCCUGAGUCAAACGGGCAGGCGAAACAAGUGAACCGAGUAGUGCAGCACCUAUCAAGGCAUUACAUCAAGCCAAGUUAGGAUGAUUGGGAUGAGACAUUGCCUCUCGUUGCCAGCCUGUACAACAACGUUGUGCACAGCACUACUGGCAGGACUCCCAAUCAGCUGCAUCUUGGUUGGAAGCCCAGAUCCGCCCUUGAUUUCCUACUGUCUGAGAACCAGGCAACUGCACCACCUGGCAUAGAAUUUGUUGUCAAGUACGAAUGGAUGCUGCAGCAGGCCGUUGAACACAUUAGGAAGUCUCAUGAUGCUAUGAUUGCAUAUGAGAACAAACACAGGCGGCCUUC